AUGCUUUAUCCUUAUAUUCUUAGACGUUCAUUUAUAAAGAAUUCAAAGAUAUUAGAAUUCUCCUCAAAAAGAAUACUAUUUGUCUUAAAAUAUUUAUAUCUAAGCAAAUAUCUUAUAGGCUUAAGCUUUAAGUAUAGAGCUCGACGUUAUGUGCUAAUAGUUAUAAAUUUGAUUGUUUUGAAUGUUGUUUUUAUCCGGACAAUUGGUCCUACGCCUCAAUUAUCUAAGUUUUGUAAUACUUCUACUUUAUCAUUUGAAUGUAAUAAUUCUGGUGAGAAUGGUAAUCAAUUAAAUAAUCAUAGUUGUGGAUCAAGUAUAUAUGAGGAAAAUGAUUUAAAAAAACAUGAAAAUACUGAGGAAACAGAAAUAUCGUAA